AUGGAACGUGAUGUAGAGGGGGCGUCUCUGCCAAAAGCGUCGUCGGACUGGGUCCAUGUCACGGGCAAUCCUGCUUCAGGGAACGCAGAGGAAGUAACAAGCACACCUGAUCGUGCGUCAAGUGGCACUACCAGUCCGCCUGCGAAGAGGAGAAGAGAAACAAAAGAAAGAUCGAGGACUGAUCAGCAGGGACACUAUGUCGGUCCAGCUAGUGGUGUAUCAUUCCUCCUACGCAUUCAGAAGACAUUGCAUCAGAACAGCUCCCUGUCUCACGACUCAUCCAUCUUCACCUUCGGCGAUGCUCCCUUGCCGGAUUUUGACCCUACUUUCUUUGUAUUACCGCCCAAGGCUGAGGGUGAGAGGCUCGUGGAAAGGUAUUUCGACUUCGCUGCUCCCACACACCGGUUCUUGCAUAGGCCCACAAUCGAGGGGCUUUUGCAGGAGUUUUACGAAACACAAGGCGAUAUGAAGAACAAGGAGGAAGCGCCAGGGAAGACGGCGCUGUUGCUGAUCGUCAUGGCACAGGCAAAGGCUUAUAUGCCUGGAGAGGCAGAUGCGCACUCAGCUAGUGCUCGAUAUUACUUCGCUUCUGAACAUCAGCUAAGUAAAGAACGUGGAUCUGUGCGUCUUGCAAGUGUGCAAGCCAGGCUAGGUCAAUGCUUCUAUCUGCUCACCCAGUCCCGGGUAAACCACUGCUGGAGUCUGUUCGGCACACUGGCGCAUCUCGCGUUUGCCAUUGGUCUGAACCGAGGCCGGAGCUGCAGUCCUUCUUCUUCUGUUGACUACAUUGAGCUGGAGAGUCGGCGUCGCCUCUUCUGGGUCGCGUACGUGUUGGAUAAAUAUCUCGCCGCAGCUCUUGGGCGCCCUCGUACCUUCAAGGACGAGGACAUUGACCAGGAACUACCCACCCUUGUCAACGAUACCGACCUAACAUCCCACUCCAUGAACCCCACCCCUUCCCUCGGCUACUCCAUCCCCGUAAUGAUGGCGCCCAUAGAGCACAUCAAGCUCUCCAAGAUCCUCUCCGCCGUGCUCCGCGACCUCUACCCGAUCCGCUCCCCAUCUCUCCCGCACCGCCUCUCCCUCGCGCAGAAAUACACGACCGACCUCACCGCGUGGCGCCAAUCCAACGCCCAUUUCCUCGACACCAACAACCUCCCCUCGAGCCUCCUGAUCCCCAUCUACCAGCGCCAGCGCAACGUGCUCAACCUCGCCUACUACCACGCCGUCCUCCUCGUACACCGGCCCUUCCUCCUCUCCAACUUUGCCAACCUCACGCACUUCGAGCAGACGGCCGCCCAGCGCGGCGGCGGCCUCGUCGGCGACGCGCACCCCGCCAUCGAGCUUACUUGCAAGGAGAACCUCAAGCACUGCCUGGACGCGGCCAUGGGCAUUGUGCGCGUCGUCGACGACAUCGCGGAGAGCCAGAUCUUCCGCGCGUUCUGGUUCACGCAGUACUACGCCUUCUGCGCGGUGGUCGUGCUGUACAUUUACCGCAUCCAGCAGGGCAUCGUGGAGCCGGGCCAGUGUGAAGGGUACUACGCUGCGGGACUGAGGUGCCAGGGCGUGCUAUCGUCCAUCUCGGAGGCGGACUGUUUGUCCAAGCGGUACGUGCUUGUCUUGGAGGAACUGCGCAUCGAGGCAGCGAAGGUGCGGGGGCCGGCAAAACAGCAGCAGCAGCAGCAGCAGGCACAGGCGCAGAGCGCCACGACGCCUGCGUCUGCGACUGCAACGUCGCCGGCCGUAGGGAGCGGGGUGACGCCGAAUCUGGGCGGGAGCAUGGGAGAGAGUCCUGGGUUUGUGGAUCCCUACUUCGGCGCUGGGAGUGGUGGUGUGGGGAACAAUCUGCCCACGCCUGAUAGUACGGUGUUCAACACGAGUUUCCUGCCGACGAGUAGCAUCAUGGCCGACUUGACGAGCUGGGGCCAGUUUGAUAGCUUGGUUACGGCGGGCAUAGGCAUGCUGGACGGAGGAGGCUAUGGUGGGGACGCAGGGUUUGGCUUUGGGCUGGGGAUGUAG